GAAUGCAGUGGACAGUGAGGAAUGGCAGAGCGCGGAGGAAGUUGUGGUUCAGCUGGCGGGAAAUAAGUCACUGACGAUGAGGCUGGGGGCUUCAGGGUCGUUGUUGAUGCCGCCACGACCCAGCGCUACGACUACAACGGCGGCUUCUACAGGAGGGCAAACCAUAGUUCCUCUGGGUGAGCUCGUCAAGACUCUGGGUUACACGUUAAUAUGGUCACCAGAUGGAUGUAUCCUACGAGACCCGGAAGGACUGGAGCGUGAGCUCAAGGUUUCUGGGGGCUGCCCCCACCUACAAGAGGCCGAGGCACUAUCCAUGAUAGCGCGGCUGGAGGACAGAAAGCGAGAGCGCCUGGAGAAUGUGACCGCAAUCACGAUGGACCGGGUCACCCUAGCUGCGGCUUCACUGGACAAGUCCUGGAUCGACCACUUGAAGGAGUACGUGAAGGAUGGAACGAUGGAGGCUGGCCUAAAGAGCGUGCGGGAUUCACCCUUCCUUCAGGACAUCCCAGGCGACUGCAUCAAUGGGUUGAUUCAAGCGGGCGUUCGUGAAGAAGGGUGGAAGAUCAUGAAGGGUAUUGACUUCCUUACGAGACCGCAGAAGCGACACUUGUGGGCAGCUAAGAAGUGGGUGGUACAUCUGUUUGCGGGCAGCCCUGGUCACAAUCAGUUCUUCCAGUUGGACGAAGGAGACACGGUGGUCCUUGAGCUGGAUGUGAACAGGUGUCGUGGCCAAGAUGUUCUACGAGAUCCAGUAUGGCGACUGCUCCUGUGGGGUGCUAUGACCGGACGGAUAGAUGGGAUAAUUGGAGGCCCCCCUGGGCGAGGUGCGCGACUUCUACAUGCAGACAGGGAGGGCGGCAAGGAUACGAAGGCCCUCAGCGCAAUUACGCGGAUGCUGUGGUUGUACGCCGUAUCCAAGGCGGCCAGAGAAGUGGGAGGCACACCGCAUCAUCGAGAUCGUCCGGUGGCUUUCGUCAUUGAGCACCCUGCAGAGGAAGUCAGAGGCAGUCAGUCACUGUGGAGAACGGCGGCCUGGAAGGAAUUCAAAGAGGAAAUGGAUAUGUCAGUGGCCACGUUCGACCAGGCGACUAUGGGUGGUGUAGCGAGAAACGUCACGACCAUUGGGACCAACGUCUACUACCUGAUGGGCCUGGAUGGACUGCGCCCAGCAGAUGAAAGGGACGAGGUCACAGCUGGGAGUUGCGACAAUGGGGACUGGUCACCAGGUUUGGUGGAUGGCAUAGUUAUGGCCCUCAGUCACGCUGACUACAAUCGUGAAUGUCUGACGUGCGUGACGUCCCGAGGACUUGACGCUACCUCCAAGGGAACCCUAGGAAAGAACUUACGCUACCUCAUGAUCGCAAAGUAUGUCUUUCCCGCGGAGUACGUGAAGGGCUACACCGGACGAGGUCCCCCCGAUGAUGAUGGAUUAGAGGAGGAGGGUCCUAUUUAUCAUGACGAAGAUGAGUCGGGUGAGCAGGGCUAUAGUGGCAACUUAGAGUCGAUACUCGGGGGCAAAGUACCAGUUUUCGCAGGAAGUUCGUCAGCGCAGAGGGCGGACUAUGAGAAGGAGGACUGGGAUGAUUCGAUGUAUGAGCCUUCGAUCCCGGAGUUAGACCAGGUUAAGGACGAUGGAGAUGAGGAUCUACAAGCACAAGCUCCCGCCAGUCAAGCACAGAACUCACCUGUUCCUUUCCCCGAUUGCGAGGCCCCGAAGACAACUUACCUUCUGUUUGCCAGGGCGCUACCAUCCAAUACGACGGCCUCUGUUAAAGGGGCUCUGCAGGACGUGAUCCUCUACUUGGGUGCACAUGGAUUACCGGUGUACAGGUUGCACUCAGACAAGGGGGAAACGUACAGCCACAGCAUGAGGAAUUGGCUGAAGGAGCAGGGCAUCAGAGCUACGUAUUCAGAAGCUGGAAUUCCCCAAGGGAACGGGCGAGUAGAAAAUGCAGUAAGAUGGGUGAAGGACCGGUCACGGUCUCUACUCUUGGGAGCUGGCCUACCUACCCGUCUGUGGCCCACGGCGAUAGAAGCAGCAACGGCUAUGCAGCGCAGCAAGGUUCUGGGAUGGAAGCAGAAGAUGCUGGCACCAUAUGGGGCAAGGGUCCAUAUCAAGCAGAAGGCCUUUGACUCGUCAGGACCGCGAAGAAGGGAGCGAGCGUUUGAGACACGUUGGGAGUCGGGGGUCUAUGUUGGGUUGAGCAACCUUCUGGACAAUGGACACGUGGUCUAUGUUCCCGGCAAGAAUGGUGAGAGGGAGCGCUUUGUGCACACCUUCCAUGUUCGGAGCCAGCUAAGGGAUCCCGGCCCUCCAGUGUGCCCAGAGCUGAUUCCCCAUAUGGUCAAGCCAAGGAGGAAGUUGACUACGAAGACACCGGCAGAGCAUGUGGAACUUCGUUCAGUAAAUCACAAGAGCUUAGAUUUGGACGACUAUGUGGGGACAAAGGCACGGCUACUACUUGAAGAAUGGAACCAGGAGGAGGCGGUUAAGCUGGUGGAUGAAUUGGCCGAAGCAGGGUUCUUUGAUGAGCUCAAGUUCGGGAUCUUUAGACAUGGCGGAGCCGUGGGCUGGAUGCGAGGUUUUUCUGAGCACCCGGAACUUUCAAAGGUUCUCUCCCGCAUCAUCCUUACCGCCAACCCGGAGGCAACCUUCACAGCAAUUCUGGUCGGCAGGAAUAUGGACAAGGGCAUGCACAAGGAUGUCAACAACGAUGAGAACGCGUUGAACUAUGUGUACCCUAUAAGGCUACCAAAGAAGGGUGGAGAGCUGUGGGUGGAGUUGUCAGCAGGGGAUAAGGUGAGCGGUGAGAUUGUGGAGCGCAUGGACGAUCAACAGCCCAGGUACGGCCAGGUCAUGAAACUCAAGGGCAAGAUACAUCAGCUAGAGAGCCACGGCUAUCCUCCACCACUAUCUCAACUACCAGAGUACUUCCUGAAGACUACAGCAGUGGUGAAUCAGAUGAACGCGGAAGGUAGCAUGCCUAUGCCAGGACCCAGCACUAUACAAUCUGAGGAGGAGAUCGUGGUUGAUCCUGAAGUGGAAGACUGGGAAAUGUUCCUCGACCUCGACGGGGGCUACGUGAAGAUUGGUGAUAGUUCUGAGUCACCGGAAGGGCAACUACCAGGAAUGUUCAAGCUGGAAGUAGGAUAUACAAAGGGAAUCGAGAAGAUCCUGGAUGGCCUGACGGCGCCUCUGGAGGUGACGUACAACGUGGACCCACGAGAGGUGGCAGCCAACCUACCAGCCUGGACAGCAGCCAUCGAAAAGGAAGUGAACGGGGUUGCCGUGGCGAUACGACGGCUACUACCUGGUACUGCAGAGCGCGCAGAAUGGCUACAGCGACCUGGGGCACAGCGACUUCCUACAAAGAUGGUGUUUACAAUAAAGCCUGGAGAUUCCCCGGUGGCAGAUCAGCCGUCGACUUGGUACAAAAGAAAGGCGCGUCUGGUGGUUUGUGGAAACUAUGCCACUAGCGACAACAGUGAGCUCUAUUCAGAAACAGCUCCAUCAGAGUCCGUCCGGACCCCGCUGGACUGGAGCAAAGGAAGAACGGUCACAGCAUGGUGGGUCUUGAGGGACAAAAGGGACAUUGUCAAGGCGGUCAUCAUAAUAUACGUAGACGAUCUCUUGCUGCUAGGUGAGGAGGAGCUGAUCAAGGACAUUGCCACGACAGUACAAAGAGAGUGGAAGACGUCCGAGCUAAUGAUACUCCGUCCAAGGCAGCCCCUGCGGUUCCUGGGUAUGGAAUUGGAGGUGAACGAGACCGAAACUACGGUGUACCUAAGCCAGCGGGGCUACUUGGAGGAGGUCUUGAGAUCCUAUGGCUUCAAAUCGGAUGAGAAAGACAAGAUCCCGCUGAGCAAGGAGGCCGCCUACUUCGAGACCAUUGAGGGAGAUGAAGAGCCAACACCGCAGUCUAUAGCAGAGGCUCAGAAGAUCACAGGUGAAGUGAUGUGGGUGGCUCACAAGACAAGGCCAGAUGUGUCAUUUACGUCUUGCUUGAUGGCAGCUAUAACGUUGAAGGCUCCGGCUCGGUGUGUGGAAAUAGGGUUUAAGUGGCUCCGCUACCUCCAGGCUACCAAAGACACGAAGAUGGCGGUUCAGGACGACGGCACCAGCCUGAUGCUCUACCCCGAUGCGGCGUUUGCGCCGUCUAGUGGCCGGUCUCACACCGGAUGGCUGGUGUGCUGGGGCGGGACACCUAUCUCGUGGAGAAGUGCGAGGCAGGGAGCCAUAACGCUCUCAACGGCGGAAAGUGAGCUGCAGGCCAUAAUAGAUGGGUCUGUGGGAAUGAUGGGGUUGGAGGCUAUGUUGAUGGAUCUACAUGUGGAGCCAGAGCCGAAGGUGAUCGCUAGCGACUCCACAAGUGCUAUUGCAAUUGGCUCUGGCACUGGAAGUUGGAGAACAAGACACUUGAGGCUGAAGUCAGCAUGGAUUCAGGAAAAGAUAGCUAGUGGAGAAAUUGUACCACGACACCAACCAGGACUUCAUCAACCCGCGGACCUACUUACAAAGCCCCUGGCUGCGCAGCGAAUAUGGGACCUACUAAAACUGUGGGGCAUGGCAAAGGGGGAGUCCGACAAGGUGAGGAUUUGUCGGGCAUCCCAGACGGCAAUUACAACAAGGAUGCUGGUGGCCAUGGUCUGUUGCUUGAUGAUGAUAUCUGUGGAAGCUAGAGAAUCGUCGGCUAUGCCAGCGCUACAGGUGGACUGGGACUUGGCAGCGAUCCUCAUGAUCUUGCUGAUGAUUCUGGGAGGAUUGAUGAUCUAUGAAGCGGUGCGUUGGAGUGCCAUCGAGAUCUACUACCAGUACUUGCCAGGAGCGACUACCAGGAGAAUGCGACGACUACAGCGGUUGAGGAAGGCUACUGCGCAGGCAAUCGAAAAGGAGAUCGAAGAGCAUAUGAUGAGGACUCAGCCUUCUACAAGUUCUUCGGGUUCCUCGACGCUAAUGGCUGAUACACCACCGCGACGACGACCACCAACUCCACCCGUACCAGAGCAGGAUCAGAGAGACUAUGCUAUUUCGCCACUAAGAAGAAGAACAGUUCGACAGGAUGUGGGAUAUUCUCAGGAGCCACCGCCCUCUCCGAUUCCAGGUACCCCUCCAGCAGCACCAUCCAUAAGUCCACCUACUAUAUCUGUGAGUCAGAACCUUCAACAAGGAGAUCGAAUGAGCGUAGGAGAGACUUCGAGGGUGUGUCUGGAUGUCGUGAUGCUCAUGAGGCUGGAGGAGAUCCGGGAGGGCCUACGGCUGAAUGGAUUGAUGAUUUCUGGUGUCAAGACUGACGCAGCAUCGAGACUGGCCGAGGUCCUAUCUUCUCAGCUAGGGACAUCAGUCGGUCCUACAGUCAGACAAAUGAAGUACCUUUUGUGGCUGUGGAGGGACAGGAAUUUGAGUGGUCGAGCGCUACUCACUUGGUCCUGCCUGAGGUCAAGAGAAGAAGCAUCCCGGACAAUAGCCAAGUGGAAGGAAUUGUAA